CACAACACAACACAAACAGAACCAACCAGGUUUCAAGCACCUACGCGAACAGUGUCUUCUUUUCUCUCUCUUUGUUUCUUUGACAACGAAAGACGAAACUUCGGGGAUGGUGUGUCCUUGACCUUCACAGCCGCGUGACCUUAUCAUUGCCUCUUUCAUCUCUGCUUCAAUCUUUCUUUCUUUCCUUUCCUUUCCUUUCCCUGCUAUUGCUAUGCCUAGUUGCUAACACCCUCUUCCUUUCUUUCCUUUCCGAACCUUCCUCGUUUUUGAUGCUUUGACUUCUUCCAAUUGAUUCUCUCUCUCUCUCUCUGGGUUCUCUGGCAUCAAAGUUCGUACCUUUUUGUGAUUUGGAAGGAUCUGAUGCCAGUUUGGUUUUCUGGGGUGGCUGUGUUCCUUGUCCCACUUUCCUUCUUUUUAUAGGAUACUUGACUAAUUGAAAAAAUUCCUUUUGUUUUCAUUGUUAUAUUAUAGUCAAGUUAUUUGAUGUAUUUUAGUUCUUCAGUUUGGAAUCCGUUUUGGGUUUGGUUAUGCUGUUAUGGUGGCUUUGGAAGUUUGAACAAGGGGGAUUCUUAGAUCCUUUUGCACUUUCCCUCUCCUGAAAUUUUGCAGUCAUAUCAAAUAUUUGCGUUAUUUUUUCUUCUUUCGUAAGAGCAUAGCUCUUGAAAUAGAGAAAGUAUCUUUAGCUUUUUUUUUUUUAUGUUAAGGAAUCUUGUGAGGGGUUGGAUCAGAUGUCUUGUGAGUUCUGUGACAUGAGAUUUUGUAUUUAAGACAUCUAUAGAUCAGUGUUUUAUCAUAUACGCAGUGUCUAUAGUUUCAUUUGUUUUAUAGGUUUCUUUGGGUUUUCUGUCUGUGCUGGGAAAUUCAAGGUUUUGUUUAGUUCCAUCUGUUGGUAGUUUAAAUGGUUUUGGGACUCUUAUAGGGAGUUUUGAAGUGUGAAGUUUUUGAUAUAAGAAGAUAUGUUCUAGGUUCACUUUGGCUCUCUCAAGUUGUUGAUCAAAUGGCUUAUUCAGCCGAACCCUCAUCAUCUUUGAGCUUUACCUCAUCUUCCCAUCUAUCUAAUGGGUCGGUUAGUCACAACAUAUGCCCUUCUUAUGGCUCUGAUCCUGGACCUAACUUAGAGGCUAUCAGUUUGAGUAAGCUUAGCUCCAAUUUGGAGCAGCUUUUGAUUGAACCUGAUUGCGAUUAUAGUGAUGCUGACCUUGUUGUCGAGGGAAUUCCGGUUAGUGUUCAUCGAUGUAUUCUGGCCUCUAGGAGUAAGUUUUUCCAUGAAUUAUUCAAGAGGGAGAAGGGGUCAUCAGAAAAAGAAGGGAAAUUGAAGUAUAACAUGAAUGAUUUGUUGCCUUAUGGCAAGGUUGGAUAUGAAGCCUUCCUCAUAUUCCUUGGCUAUGUAUAUACUGGUAAACUCAAGCCCUCUCCAAUGGAGGUGUCUACUUGUGUUGACAAUGUUUGUGCUCAUGAUGCGUGUAGACCUGCCAUUAACUUUGCUGUUGAGUUAAUGUAUGCCUCUUCCAUUUUUCAAAUACCAGAGUUGGUAUCACUUUUCCAGAGACGUCUACUUAACUUUAUAGGAAAGGCCCUUGUGGAAGAUGUCAUCCCAAUCCUCACUGUUGCUUUCCAUUGUCAAUCAAAUCAACUUGUCAAUCAAUGUAUUGAUAGGGUGGCCAGAUCAGACCUUGACCAGAUUUCAAUUGACCAAGAGCUUCCGCAUGAACUCUCACAAAAAGUUAAAUUGCUCCGCCGCAAACCUCAGCAAGAUGUUGAAAAUGAUGCUUCUGUAGUGGAUGCUUUGUCUCUAAAAAGAAUCACUAGAAUACACAAGGCGUUGGACUCAGAUGAUGUUGAGCUUGUUAAACUUCUUUUGAAUGAAUCAGACAUUACUUUGGAUGAAGCCAAUGCUCUCCAUUAUGCUGCAGCCUACUGUGACCCCAAGGUUGUUUCUGAGGUACUUGGUUUGGGACUGGCUAAUGUCAAUCUUCGAAAUUCUAGGGGGUACACAGUGCUUCACAUUGCUGCCAUGCGUAAAGAGCCUUCCAUUAUAGUAUCCCUACUUACGAAAGGGGCUUGUGCAUCAGAUUUGACUUUUGAUGGUCAGAGUGCUGUUAGUAUUUGUAGGAGGUUGACAAGGCCAAAGGAUUAUCAUGCAAAAACAGAGCAGGGGAAAGAAACAAACAAAGAUCGGAUAUGCAUCGAUGUUCUUGAAAGAGAAAUGAGGAGGAAUCCAAUGGCUGGGGAUGCCUGUAUGUCUUCCCAUACCAUGGCUGAUGAUCUCCACAUGAAACUACUGUACCUUGAGAACAGAGUGGCAUUUGCAAGACUUUUCUUCCCUUCAGAAGCCAAACUAGCCAUGGACAUUGCGCAUGCUGAGACAACAUCUGAGUUUGCUGGUCUUUCUGCGUCAAACUCAAAAGGUUCAAAUGGAAACUUAAGGGAGGUUGAUCUCAAUGAGACUCCUAUAGUGCAAAAUAAAAGACUUCUUUCUAGAAUGGAAGCCCUUACGAAAACAGUGGAGAUGGGGCGGCGCUACUUCCCACAUUGCUCGGAAGUGCUGGACAAGUUCAUGGAGGAUGACCUGCCUGACUUGUUUUACCUUGAAAAGGGUACUCAUGAAGAGCAGAGAAUCAAAAGGACGCGUUUCAUGGAGCUUAAAGAUGACGUCCACAAGGCUUUCAACAAGGACAAGGCCGAGUUUAGCCGCUCUGGGAUUUCAUCUUCAUCAUCCUCAUCAUCCCUCAGAGAUUCUGUUGUACAUUACAAGGCUAGGAAAGUGUAAUUUUAAAACCAUACAUAGUGUUUUUGAUUUUGACAUACAUAUUAUAUAUAGUGCAAAUUUUAAAGGUGAAGCCCACCAACUCAUCUGUAAAAUUCUCGAAGCAGGAAAGUUGAUGUAAACAACCUGCGCAUAUAUUUUUGAAAAUGUUUUCAUAUGCUUUUUGGUGGAGAAAUUUACGGUAAUUUUUUUUUGAAGAUAAAUAUAUAAGAUGUACCUUUAA